AUGGGGAACCGUAAACAAUGUGCAAUAUUCCUAUGGAUGGUUUGGAAUUCGACUCCAAUCAACAACAAACUUCCAUUACAAGAAGGAGAAAUAUUCAUCUAUGAUGGAAGAGAAACAAUAUCGGAUCUCGAUACUACCCAACAUUGCCUCACACAAAGCGGAAAAUGUAUAACUAAUACAAGUAUUGUUCUAUGGAAUAAAACAGAAGCUGUGAAUGUUUAUAUCGAAAGACUGGAUAUUACCAAGCACGCGUCUUUGACGUUUACAGCAUUGUUGAUGAACUUCAAAUGGCAUUUACAUUUAAGUCUAACGAAACAAUUGAUUCGAGAAACUCCGACUUUAUCAAUCCCAAUACAAUGGACAACAAUAUCGUAA